UCGGACACGGCAAGUUUACCUUGCUCUGAGCGCUCCCAACGACAUUGUACCUGAUACAGUUCGAGAAUGGGGCGCAGUGUAUCAACAUUUAUUGAAAAGUUGCAAGCAGCUUAAUAUCUGUUUUGCACAACAGAUGCUAACAUCCUUAUGCAUAUCAUUGUGUUACUCAAUUAUUGUAUCGUAUCGCUUGGCCAAUAUUCUUAUAAAGCAGGCGAAAUAUGAUUUUUUUGGUGGUCAACUAAUGGCAUUCAGCCUCUGCUAUCUAAUCGCGGGGGUCGUGCCCAUCAUGAUGGCUGGACAACGCUUGAACAACGAGUUUAUUAUCUUGAGAGUGUCACUGGCUAAAAUGAACAAUUUGCUAGGCCUCGUGUUAGGCUCAUCGGUGCAUAAAGAAGUUAAGGGUUUCCUCCACUUUCUGACCAUGGAUCCGCUAGAAUUCAAACUCCUGUCGUACCCGAUAGGGAUGGCAAUGUUACCCACAUCGUUCGGCGUGGUUGUCAGUUACGUGGUCAUUGCUUUACAAUUUAAUCAUGUGGUAUAAAAAAUAAAAUAAAAUGUUUAUUGCACACUUUUUUCUUUAUUGAUAUUUCCAAAUUUCGAACACAAAGCUAUUGCAAAAUAAAAAAAAAUCUUUAUUCAAUUUAUAUGAUUGUCAAUUCUCAAUAAUAUUUUAUAAUAGCAGCUAUGGCGGCUUAAGUAAGUACAUACAUAACUUACUUUCCUUUGUUUCUAAUUAGAUCCAAUCUACAAAAUAUAAUAUGUAUGUAAAUAUAUAAAGGAGAUAGUUAGGUGGUAUGUACUCAAUCACGCAAAAUCCACUCGAUGGGUUACGUUAAAAGUUAAAUAUUAAGAAGUGAAUUCACAAGUAAAACAUAAUCUGGAAUAAAACUAAGUUUUCGAAGGAUCUAGAAGACUAUAAUUUGUUUGUUUGUAAUAUAAUUAUACAAAGAACAUUUGUUGAACGUAUAUAAUAUAUUAUAUAACAAGAAGGUAAAUAAAC